GACAGCAUCCACUACUUUUCCUGCCACUUCGCUUUUCACCGCAUGCUGGACGAGGAUACCUCAAAGCGCCAACUUUUCCACAAGGUGCCGAAGGUGUCGGCGCAGCAUCCCCACACGGUUGAGUUUGAGCUUGGUUUUGCGGCCCCAGCAACCAGCAACGUCUUGGAUGCCCUGAAGAGGAGUCUGACGAUGGCACCGGUAAUGAAGCUUUCCAGCAAGAUUCUCCAAGAUGAGUUCUUAUUGAAGCUUCUUCACGCAGAGCCUUCGGCUCUGAGCGCCCUCCUGGAGUUCAACGCCUCGCUGGACGUCCUGCCGCUGAUCAAGAAGGCCAAGAAUGCUAAACAAGACGCCUCCGAGUUGGUUGACUUGGUCAAACACGAGAGAGCGAUCACCCGAAAGGUGCGAGACAGUUGGCAGCUGUCCUACAAGGCCACUCUGGCAACUGGAAAAUGA